UCAGAGGAUGGAUGUAAGUGUUGGAUAUUAUCGUUGGUAAAAAGCAUAGAGGAUAGGAUAGGAUUGUUGAGAGGUUUGGUGGAGUAAGAGGAGAAUCACUUGUAGUAUGAGAAGAGUGGGAAUAAAAGUUUAAGUAAGAGAAGACUAGUACAGUUGCCAGCUGGUUGCCGAUUCGUGUGUGUCGUUUUAAAUGUGUUUAUAUCAACAGCUUUGAUAGAGUCAUGCUCUUGCCACAUGAGUUUGCCGGAAUAAAUAUCAUAUUAUAUUUAUAAUCAAUAUUGUUUUUGAAUUGACAACAAAAUUUUUCAUUACUUGAUGACUCAUAAAUAUAAAAUCACUUAUAUAUAAAGAAGUUUUUAAAUUAUAAUUGUCUGUGCUGUCCAGAUGUCAGAUGACAUUUAGUUAAUUUAAAAUAAUGUCGUCGGUAUUUUCAAAACUUAUAAAUAAAACCUCAUCUACAUGUGGAAUAAGACAGGAGACACUGACUCGUGGUGUUGUUGGUGUUGUCACAACACUAUAUUUACUAAAAUUAACUUAUCCCCAUUUAGUCCGAGUUAAACGUAAACUAGAAAAUAACAAUAAUGACAGUAAUAACAGUAACAAUAAUAAAAGCAAAGAAAAUGGAGUUGAUAAAUGUCAGAACAACAAAUGCUGCAAUAAUAAAUCUGUUAGUAAAAAUAAAAAUAAUAAUAAUAAUAACAACAAUAAUAAUAAAGUUGCCAAUGCGGGGUUGGAUAAAACAUUUAUCAAACAAUUAUUACAAUUGCUGAGAAUAAUGGUACCUGGAUGGCGGUCCAAAGAAGCUGGUCUGCUAACUUGUGCGACGAUAACUCUGCUCGCAAGAACAUUUUUGUCUGUUUACGUUGCCACACUUGAAGGCCAAAUUGUUAAGAGAAUUGUCUUAAAAGAUGUUCGUGGUUUUUUUUUAAUGCUUGCACGCUGGUUCGCUAUUGCAUUUCCGGCAACCUUUGUCAAUUCUGCCAUCCGCUAUCUUGAAGGCAGACUUGCGCUUUCUUUCAGAGAAAGACUUGUCCAGUAUGCGUACAAAAUGUACUUGAGUCAGCAGACUUAUUACAGAGUAUCUGCUUUAGACAAUCGACUGGGUGGUGCUGAACAAAGACUGACUGAUGAUUUAUCCGAAUUAGCAAGUUCUGUCGCUCAUUUAUACUCGAGUUUAACAAAACCACUUCUCGAUUGUUCAUUAGUCGGAAUCGCACUUAUGUCAUUUUCAUCACGCAUGGGUGCUAGAACAGUACCAGGUCCAUUACUAGCAGCAGUGGUUAUUGCGGUAACCGGACAAGUACUUCGACUUACAUCACCGCGAUUUGGUCACCUAGUUGCCGAAGAAGCCUCACGUCGUGGACGACUACGUGAAGCGCACGCUCGUAUUAGCGCGCACGCCGAGGAAAUAGCAUUUUAUGGCGGUCAUAAUACUGAGCAUCGUUAUUUGAGUACCGCAUACAGAUCAUUGAAUGUACAUUUAAGAAAAGUUUUGGCAUUGAAGUUAUGGUACAUCAUGUUGGAGCAAUUUUUGAUGAAAUAUGUAUGGUCUGGUACGGGAUUGCUGGUGAUUGCGAUGCCGUUGCUCUACACAACUCUAAAACCAUCGAACAAUAAAGAUACUGAUGGAGUUGUAAGUGAGCGGACGCGAUACUUGACGACGUCGAAAAAUCUUCUGAGUUCAGGUGCUGACGCUGUUGAACGUCUUAUGUCAUCCUACAAGGAAUUAGUAGCGUUAGCUGGAUAUGCUAAUAGAGUCAGUGAGAUGCUUGACAUAUUCAAGGACGCGGCAUUAUGUAAAUAUCAGCGUACUGUCGUAGUAAAUCAGCAGUACCGUGGUACUAAUGGUAGUGUUAAUUCAUCACCAAAGUCAUUACUUGAGUUUAAAGAUGGCUCGCCAAUUAUUAAGGGUAUUGUACGUGAAAGUCUUGAUGGCAGUAUUGCUCUCACGGAUGUUCCAAUUGUAACGCCCAAUUGUGAAGUAAUUGUCUCUAGUUUGACUAUACAAAUUAAACCGGGACAUCAUUUAUUGAUAACUGGACCCAAUGGCUGUGGUAAAAGUUCACUUUUCCGUAUUAUCUCAGGACUAUGGCCAGUGUACGCGGGUACACUGACAAGACCAGCAGACUCAUGGUCAAUACGAACUGGUAGACCAUCAAUGUUUUAUAUUCCGCAAAAACCUUACAUGACUGUUGGCUGUCUUCGUGAACAAAUAACAUAUCCAGCGGACAGCAAAAGUAAUACAUUUUCCGAUGACCAACUUCUAGCACUUUUAGAUCUUGUAGAUUUACGAUCACUUGCUGAGCGUGAACCUGACGGUCUCGAUGCGAUGGGCGACUGGGACUCGACGUUAUCAGGCGGUGAGAAACAAAGACUCGCUAUGACCAGAUUAUUUUAUCACGCCCCGCACUAUGCGCUGCUGGAUGAGUGCACCAGUGCAGUUAGUUUAGAAGUUGAAGGAUCCAUGUAUGAGACUGCUAAGCAACGUGGUAUCACAUUAUUAACAAUAACACAUCGAAUUUCCUCAUUAUCGAAGUACCAUCGGUUUGUAUUACGGUUCGAUGGCGAUGGCGGAUGGACAUUUGGUUUACUCGAUUCAAAUGACACCGCGAUUUUAUCUAAUCAGGAUAAUGGAAAGGAUGUCAGAGAAGCACACAGUCAAAGACUUCAGGAAAUCCGAGACUUGGUCAGCGAAGAUACCCAACAUGUUGGUAUCAGUUGAAAUAAAUAAAUUAUAUUUAUUACUCCCGCGAUAUUUAAAUAUUUACCUGCGAAUAUUAUAUUUUUUUUAUUAUUAUUAUUAUUAUUAAUAUAAGGGAUUAUUUUUUUACAUUAAUUAAUUGUCAAGCGAUAAAAAUAUUGUGAUUUUAUAAAAAUAAAUAAAUUUUAAAGUUA